UCCCCCCCAAAUGAUUAAAGGUUCGACGAAACCCUAGUCUCCUUCUCUCUCUCUACCCACCCCGAUCUUCAUCCUCGACUCUAAGCCUCCGCGUGGCUCCGAAACCCUAAUUCCUUGUCCUAGCUCAUCUUCUCCUACAAGCCCUAGUCGAGGUACCUCUCCCUCUCCCCAAUUGCAACAAAUUUUUAAUACUGGUCCCAAUCCCCAAUUGGCACCAAUUUUGUGACGACGAACGCGGAUGGGGAUCUUUAUUUGCACUCAGUAACAUGUCGCAGAGCAAAGCAUCAAUUGGUCUAUCAUGGGCUCCCAAGGUGCCUAUCUUCUCUAAAGAAGCAAAAGAAAGUGCAGGAAAGUUGCAAAUAAAGGAACCCACUUGGACGCCGGAGAACGAGCUUGUAGAUGGAUUGUUUGUUCCUCCGAGGGACCCAAGAAAGUUGAAUAAGCUGAUGAAGAAAAGUUUGAAAGAUACCGCUGGUGCGAGUUGGUUCGACAUGCCUGCCCCGACUAUCACCCCUGAAUUAAAGAAGGAUCUAGAGAUUCUCAAGUUGAGGAGUGUACUUGACCCCAAAAGGCACUUCAAGAAAGGUGACAAGUCCAAGACCCUUCCCAAGUAUUUUCAGGUGGGCACAGUUAUUGAACCUGCAUCUGAGUUCUUCUCAGGCAGGCUGACAAAGAAAGAGAGGAAGGCAACAUUGGUCGAUGAAUUGCUAUCUGACCAUAAUCUCAAGGCUUAUAGGAAACGCAAGGUACAAGAAAUCGAGGAGUCCCGUAAACCUGGUGGUGUUGAGAAGUGGAAGAUCAAGGGCCGCAAUUCUCGGAAAAGGGCCAAAGAUAGAAGGAGAUGAGAUCAUCGUGCCAACUGAUUCAACGUAGAUGCAGGGUAAAGUGGUGAGGAGGGUGCGAGUUGAUCAUUGCUUGAAUUGCCGCAAUACAUUACAAAGCUUUAGAUUCGUAUCGCAUUGAGUGUGUUUCGGUUUAUACGAGGGCCCUAUUUUUGCUGUAUCACACUUCAUUUGUAGCAGAAUAUUCACUUGUUUAACAAAUUCCAGUACUGCGGAACAAAUUGCCAUGCUACAAUGAGCAUCCAUCUGAAGUUCUCUGAAGCUAUUACUUCAUAUUCGCAUUAUUAAUUUAAUUAAAUCAUCCUAUUUUGAAUCA